AUGAUGAAGCUUAACAUGUACGGCCGAGGGCUAGGCCUUCGGAUGGCCAUCAUGCUCACCUGUCAAAUAUCAUUUGUCUUAUUUGGUUACAAUCAGGGUGUAUUUUCCGGAAUCGUGGGGAAUGAAGACUUUCUCAGCGUUGUACAUCACCCUGGCUCAGCUACCAUUGGGAUCAUAGUCGGGAUCUACAAUCUAGGUUGCUUUCUCGGGACAGGAGUGUGUUUCAUGAUUGGAGAUAGGCUAGGGUUUCGAAGGACAAUGUGGUUCUCGAUGACUUGGAUUGUGGCUGGGGCCAUUGCACAAACCUGCGCGUUUUCCACAGCGCAAUUGCUGGCGUCGCGAUUCUUUACUGGAAUCGGCACUGGGAUUUUUACCAGUAUUGUGCCAGUGUACCAAUCGGAACUGUGUGACGCACGGAAACGAGGAAUGUAUGUAUGUAGCCAACCUCUUGCCGUUGGGGUGGGCAUUGUCGUUGCCUAUUGGUUCGACUACGGGAUGAGCUAUGUUGAAGGACCCGUGAAUUGGCGGCUACCAAUCGCCUGCCAAAUCAUUUUUGCUCUCAUUGUGACGGUUAUGGUCCUCGGGCUACCGGAGAGCCCUCGAUGGCUAUACCGGCGAGGUCGUGGAGGUGAAGGCUUGCAGGUGCUCUGUGACUUCCAUGAUCGCACUGCGAAUGACCCAAAGAUAAUUGAAGAGUCGCAAGGGAUAACCAAAGCUAUUCAGCUGGAUAACCUCCGCGGAGAAUACAGGUGGUCCCAGAUCUUCAAGAAAGAUGAACUGCACACGGGCAGACGUGUACUACUGGCUUACGGGUUGCAGUUCAUGAACCAAAUGGGAGGAGUCAACAUAAUAGUCGUAAGUUUGUUGGAGACCAAUGUGGGCCUUGACAAGGAGUUGAGUUUACUGCUGGGAGGUGUGAUUCAGGUUAUGUUUGUCAUAGGCUCGUUCUAUCCCACAUUCUACUCCGAUAGACUGGGUCGAAAAAAGCCGAUGAUGUGGGGAUCCUUCGGAUUAUUUCUUUGUAUGAUGAUGAUCUCCAUUCUUUUGUCUUUCAAGGGCACCUCCUUGGAGAAAGCAGCAGCUACCGCAUCGGUGCCAUUUUUCUUCUUAUUUAUGCUCAUCUUUGGCGCGUCCAUUAACUGCAUACCAUGGGUUUACGGGCCGGAGAUUCUCCCCCUUCACGUCCGAGCGAAAGGCCAAGCUCUCGGAGUCUCGGCAAAUUGGCUGUGGAAUUUCUUCGUGGCCAUGAUCGGACCAACCUUGAUCAACGAUCUUGCAUGGAAGGGCUACCUGAUUUUUAUGUGCUUCAACCUUGUCUUCGUACCGCUUCUAUAUUUCUUCUACCCUGAAACCGCCAACCUCAAUCUCGAGGAGAUCGAUUCCCUCUUCAUGCGCAAGAGCCCACAAUCAUUGGACUCGUCGGAAGAGUGGAAGGAACCUAUUGUCGUCACCACGAGUGUUGAAACACUAAAGGAAUAG